UGUGUGCUUGGCUCUGCACACGACCUAAAAGGUGUCAGAGAACGGCGUCCAUGUGAAAGGCAGAUUGUUUCCAACGGCAGCGCCGACACCCAUUAACGUUACCGCACACAGAGGGAGAGGGAGAGGCGCCGGGGGAAGAGGCACUCUGCCCACCCGUGUCGGAGGUCUGUCAGAGCCGAGUUAACUUUAAACCAACCAGAUGAACUUAACAGAUGAAGACAACGGCGGGCGCUGAACUCCACAGACGUAAGGACCACCCUAACAUUAUCUGAGAAGCUUCACAUUUUCCUCUCACCGUGGACGAGGAGGACGCCGGUCUCUCGCGUUACGGCGGCGACCGAGGGAUUUGAAAUGGUCUCGGCUUUAUGAUGCAUCUCCGACUAGGACACUGUGAGAAGCAAUGUCUCUCCAUGAAACGUAACCCAGGCCUGUUCUCUGCCACCUCCCAAACAUGACUGCAGCUCAAGUUCUCAAAAGGUCCAGGAUGUUUGUGAAUUUUCACCGGCUCAAAACACGCCAAAUUCAGCAGCUGAUGAUGACGUGCUUUGCGUUAUCAGUGGUCAUGGUGUACUGGCAAAGUCUUGACAGUGAUCUAGUGAGUCAUAUAAAGUCCUACUCUUUACGACACCUGCUUACCAAUCUUGACUUCAUCACUGCCAACUUGACAAUUAGCCGUGAGGAAGCCCAGAAGUUCAGCAACCACCGUUACUUAAUAAACCAAGAGGGGAAAUGUGCCGACAAAGAUGUCCUGCUCCUACUGUUCGUGAAGAGUUCACCGCAGAACUUCGAGAUGAGGCAGGCCAUUCGGUCAACGUGGGGUAAUGAGGCCUACAUUGAGAAGACCUUGGGUGUUACUGUGAAAGUGGUCUUUGCUCUUGGCUUCCCCCCACAGCCCUUGCAGAGGAAGAAGCUGCAAAGGGAGCUGUUUCAGGAAGACCAGAGAUACCACGAUUUGAUCCAGCAGGACUUUCUUGAUACCUUCCACAACCUGACCAUCAAACUGCUCUUGCAGCUGGGUUGGACGCAUGCAUACUGUCCACAUGCCCGAUUCUUCAUGUCUGCGGAUGAUGACAUCUUUGUUCACUUGCCCAACCUCAUCCACUAUUUGCAAGAGGUAGACCGAGCUGGGGUAAAGGACUUCUGGGUCGGGAAGGUACAUCAAGGUUCUCCACCAGUUCGUGACAAGGACAGCAAGUACUAUGUGUCUGAAGAGAUGUAUCCCUGGCUGAUGUAUCCUGAUUACACUCCUGGAUCUGGUUACGUCCUCUCCAAAGACUUGGUCUCCAAGGUCUACCAGGCUUCCCUCACCCUGAACGCCUCCCUUUACAUUGACGACGUCUUCAUGGGCAUUUGUGCCAAUGCAGUAGGGGUUUUGCCCCAGGAGCAUGUCUUCUUUUCUGGGGAGGGCAGGGCCCCUUAUCACCGCUGCAUUUACAGGCAGAUGAUGACCUCGCAUGGACAUGUGAAGGACUUUCAUGAACUCUGGAAACAAGCAACAGAUCCCGAAGUGCAGAAAGUAUACUCAGGAGCCUUUGGAAGACUUUACUGUACUCUGGCUAAAAUCCCACUGCUUUGUAAACCAUUUUUUACAAAUACUUAUCCAUGCAAAGCAGCGUUCCUGUAGAACACGGAACUUGGUUUAGUAUGAAAUUGCUCAGAUGUUUCCCGCCUUGAUUUUUUUUUUUUUUUUUUUUUAUAAACAGCUUGCCACCUUUUGCUCCGAGAGCAGGAAUAUUUUUUUUUUUAUGGCCCAAAAGUGUCACUGUCUCAAGUGACACAAAAGUGUCAUCUAUUCAUGAUCAUAAGUACUUCGGUUGUGCAUUUUAUUUUUCCAACUUCUCGAGAGAAACCUAGGCACACCCUUGAGAGUCUGGACCCCAUACAAGGAUUAUACUCUUGACACUUUGAGCCCUCACAAAGUAUAUUUGCAUAAGGCUCCCAAUUUUGGUUUUGGACUACCCAACCCCCAAGACAGCUCCAAGACUGUGGUUGGGAACUAUUGGUAAAUGUUUGUCUACCGUGUUUUUACUCUUAAAUUAAGUUUCAGUGAGCCAUCAGUUGGGACUGCAACGGAUGGAAGAUUGGAGAAGCUGAAAACUCUAACACUGAGGUGACUCGUUCCACACAUGGAUGCAGAGGAGGGGGAGCAAGCCGCAAGGAAAGUACGUUGGACGUGGGUUUUGUUAACUAGUAGGCAGGGGCCAGUGCAUUGGCAAAUCACUGUUCCUCAAACUACGAGCGCUCGUCUCUUUGCUGCUGUAAUGUGAAAUUCUGUAUUUGUACUCGUAUGUGUAACCCACUACCUCAGCAUCUGCCAAAAGACACAACAUAAGAGUUUACUCAAGUGUGAUCAUUGGUUCAGCGCUGACCUCAAAAUCACCUCGUGAUCUGUACAUCCGUCAUACAUUUCUGGGAAGCAGUGGUCAGAAAAACUGCGUAUGAUCAGAACUGCACGACGUUGCUGCCUCACAACUUGCCUUAAACACCACAGAUGGCGUAGUGUGUUUAUUUUGCACUGGAAAAAGUUUACAAAGGUGUGGCUUUGUGCGCUGAAGACCAUAUUUGUUCAAGUAUGUAACCUUUUUAAAGUUUGUGUAAUCAGGGACACUUGUUUGGUCAUCCCUUUUGUGUGACUAAGUAGGUUGCUAUGGGGUCUAAUGAAGACGACUCUGAAACCCGUUUCAUAACCGGGGACCUGUCCCUAUCCCCUGCUGAAGGACUACUCUAUUUUUAGCAGAAGGAUCAAAUGUCCCAGCUGCAAGACCUGGACAUCAGAUUGUGUUGCACAUGUCAACUGUUGGCAAUAUCUAGAACUCAAUGUUCCAUGUCCCUGUUACAUUCUUUUAUAAGAUGUGUAUUUGAGUAAUAUUGAAUAUUUUUUUUUCUAUACUGUUAAUAAAGUGUUUGUUGCUCCAUUA